AUGACAAUAUUCGGAUAGUUCUUAUUGGAAAAACUGGAGUCGGUAAGAGUUCGACGGCCAAUACUUUACUCGGUGGGAAUAAAUACUUUGCAACUGACACAGCUUUGGAGUCGGUAACUUCAGCAUGCGAUUGGAACACAUGUACUCACAAGUCUAUAUCAUACACGUUUAUCGAUACACCAGGAUUCAUGGAUACCGGCAAAGAUAAACAUAAUGUUUGUGAAGAAGUUGUAGCAUCCUUACAGUACGCACACCCGGGUCCACAUGUAUUUCUUAUUGUUCUUCAGUUUAAUCGUUUCACAAAGGAAGAUCAUGAAGCCAUUGCCCAAAUGAAGGAACUAUUUGGUGAAGAUUUCACUCAAAAUUAUGGCGUUCUCUUAUUCACUCACGGUGAUGACAUUAAACAUCAUAUGGAUGAAUGGUUUGAAUUCAAUGGCGUAGGUGAUGAUGCGUUUCGUAUUGAAUGCGAGAAAAGGUUUAAAGAAGGGGCUACUAAGAUCCCACAACUUGGGGAACUGCGUGCAGCAUGUUCUGGUAGAAUGUUUGUGAUCGACAAUAGAACUAAAGGCGACGCUCGUAAGACUGAAGCGUUUCGCUUUUACAGUGCACUUCAUGACUGGGGUCUUGGAAAGGAUUACUGUAGGAUUAAACAUCGCUUUGUGGAAAUGUUGGAAGAUGAUAGAAGAAAGAAAUAUGAAAUAUUUGCCGAGGAAGAUAGAGAAAGGACGAACAAACAUGAAGAGGAGCAACUUCGACUUGAAGCUGAACAAUUAAGAUGUCGGAAAAAAAUUGCAACAGAACGCCAAGAAAAAUAUGAACGUAAACAUCAGGGAUUACAGAUUCGAGAGAGAGAACUGGAACGUCAAGGCCAUUAGAAGGUGAUGUCCCAAAGAGAGUGAAAAGCAGCAAAGGGAUUUACAUUUUGAUUUUUGAGUAUAGAGAUUUGGACAAAGAAGCUUUCAAUUAUGUUACAUCCGUGUUGGCACGGCUGUCUACUACUCACUGACAAUGUAUCACAUAUUGGACGUCCUCAGUUUCGAAACAAGAAAAAUGUUGUUAAAAUUCGAACCAAAACCAUCCCAUUAGAACUACAUAUACGAGAUAUGGCUUAUAUUGUUAAAUGCAUGAAAGGAUUGUUGUACCUAUAUUAUUUUGUCAUAAGUGUAUUUUCCAUCUCUCAUGUUUGUAUUUAAUGAAACAACGUAAUGCCACACCACCCUUUUAACACAUGUUAAGCAAGUUAUCAUAUUUGCACUGUUGCUCAAAAAUACGGAAUAUUUUAUAGAUAUUAGAAAGAUUUCGCACGGC